UCUUCCAGUCUCAAUUGCCACAUUACAUUCUUCUCUUCUUUGUAAAGCUUUCUAAAGCCAUGGUUCUCCUUUGUUUUCAAGAAUAGAGAGAGAGAGAGAGAGAGAGAGAGAGAGAGAGAGAGAGUCCAUAACUCAAAAUGGAAAAACCAUCAAUACCAAAGAGUAGCCUCCUCUCUUUUCUCUCUAAAAAUGGUGGAGUCUGCUUCUCACAUCAUCCUUACAGCCCUGGUCUUGAUAAACGAAUCGAUAACUCAAAUAAGCCAAGACCCAAAUCAGGAAAAGGCUACCACAACCCGAUCGGAUCAAUAUUUCCGGCGGAGAUAAGAAGGAAGCUGAACAACAUCGGAAGCUUUGGUACAAAAGAGCCUGUCUCACCAAAAGUCUCUUGUAUUGGACAGAUCAAGCACAACAAGAAAAGUUGCAAAGCUCACUGCGUUUUUCCUUCCCGUCAAUUGAAGAAGCCAACACCGCCAGUCACUGCCAGUAAAAUCUACGGUGGAGCAAAGAAAGUCGAAGAUAUUGUGGUUGAUACGAGACAUGCACCUAACCUUACUCAGAUGAAGCGUUUUUCAAACGGACGUGAUGCUUUUGCGAAUGUUAGUUGGAAGGUGGAGGGGGUGGAGGACUGCUGGGAAUACUCUUCUGAUGAGGAGAAGGAAGGAAGUAGCGGAAAGAAUGAGUUUGUGAUACCGAACUCAGCUCCAGUUGUGAUGGAGACAAGGAAUGAGGUUAAUCUUUGGAAGAGAAGAAGCAUGGCGCCGCCGACUCCUCUUCAGAUGAAUGGCUUUAGAAAAUACAUGUAA